AUGUAUUGGAAUACGAAACUGUUGGAGUUAUUCGAAAUAAUUUUGAUGUCUUCUAUUCAUGCACAUGAAAACGUCAUGAGUCCAACUGACGACAGGGACGUUCUUGAUGAACACUACAAGAAUGAAAUGUUCAGCUCUACCUAUGUUCACGCUAGGUGGUAUUUCUCAGAAAUUUUAUCAGCUGUUUUGUCUGUUUAA